UUGUUCCAAAAACAUGAUAAAAUUCCGUAUUUACAUCUCAUACGAAUUUUGUUGGUGUUAAUGAUUUGAAUUGAAAUCAACGUCCUAAUAAGAUAUAGCACGAAUAAAUUAGAACUAUUUUAACCAUUCUAAGUGGCCGAUUCACCCAAAACAAUCGGCUGUCAAAUGUCACCAUCAGAAACGUAAACAAACUUGUCUGGCGUGAAACAAAGCUUCCACCGCUUGGUCGGCAUUUUCAUGCUGAUCCUAAUAUAUUCGCACAAUAAACGCGUAUUUACUAAAUAAAACACUUACCGAGAGCGGCAAGCAGCGAAACAAUCACACGACAAAAGGGUUCAGUGUAGGACUGUCGAUAAAGGUUUGAUACUUCCACAAUGAUUCCGUUCUACCCUUCGCUGCAACCGUCUGCGGCGUACAACUUUUGGUUUUCCGUUGAUGAGUCGUACGACGAUGAUGCCGAAGUGAAUAACCUGGAAACAGAACACACGGAAUGGCUAAACCGAAUCACCCUAAUCGGACAGGAACUGACGCCAAUUGGCAAAAGUUCCAACGAGCAGCACAUGGAAAACAUGGACACGGAGGAUGAAGAUGCGAACGACGAAAGCGACGAUUCGGACAAUUCGGACGACGACGAUGACGAUAUGGAUGAUAUGAACAAUACGCGGAACCUGCCGGAUGAAAUUACCGUCGUUACCGGUGGAUACAUGGGGGAUGACACGCACGCAGAGACGCUGUAGAAAGGAGUCGCACGAUUAACAAUGUCCUGGCCACUCCCUUUACUGUAUGUCAUUAUAUUAAGCUUGAGUUGCGUUACCUUAUCGGUACUGGUACAUUGUAAAAACUUACUUUAAAUUAGAUCAUACGGCCAGUUCAAUUCAAAAUGCGUCGUCUGGAGAGUGUAUCUGCAUCAUUCCACGCCAUUGUUGCUGGCAGCUAAUGAGAUGCUUCAUCUUGGUUGUAGCUUUGCGACUUAUUCGGAUGCAUUCCGUCAGAAGAAAGAACUGGCAAUCCGUCAUCAUGCUUCAUACUACUAGAGAGAACUGACGCUCUCUUCUUGCACUGCUUCCCCAUUCCGAGGACGUUCUGUAGAGGCGUUCCGAUCGAAUAAAUAUUGUGAUAUUAAAAGCAAACCAUAUUAAACAACCAACACCUUCCCUGUGUA